CUAUUUUGAGUUUACAGAAGAUAAAAAAUAAUUACACCUUAGGGUUAUUUGUUUACUUGUCGUGGAGUAUUUUCCCAUUACGUCAACAAAAUUAUGCUCUUUUAACUUUUUCUCUAUAACAGGCACAUUAUAUGCUAGGACUUGCUUUGCUUCAGAAAAAGGAAUUUGCUGUGGGUGUCAGAGAAUUGGAAAAAAAAAGUGAUGAAAAAUGGUCACUUGAUAGCACAGGGAAGGUGAGGAAAGAAGGGUCAUCUUCAUUUGGACAUUUAAUAUCUCUCUCGGAAAAACUCGAGGCCUUAAAUUUAGUCUUUGAAAAAGCUGCAGAAGAUGAUACACCAACUGAGAUUCCUGAUUACUUGUGCUGUAACAUAACAUUAGAGAUUUUCCGUGACCCUGUCAUUACACCCAGUGGGUUUACCUACGAGAGGGCAGUUAUCCUUAAUCAUUUGCAGAAGGUGGGAAACUUUGACCCAAUCACUAGAGAUCCAGUGAACACAUGCCAGCUGGUUCCCAAUCUGGCUAUCAAAGAAGCAGUUCGCGCAUAUUUGGCCAAGCAUAGGUGGGCCUACAAGGCGGAGUAAAGAGCUAAGGUCACCGGGCCCACACCAUCCCGCUCACGUAAGGUGCCUCUACCUUCUCUUAGUGCAGUUCACUUGUAACAUCGGUUUAUGGUCUUGAUCAAACUGUGUACAUUAUUAUGGACCAUGUGUGCAUAUGUGUGCACAGCAAGGAACCUAUUCUUAUGUCUCCUACCCACCUACUCGGGGACCAGCUUAGAACUAGAGAUAUCUGUUCUGCUUGUAGGGAGUGUUUGUGUUAUGUGUCUGUUUAUAUAUAUAGUACUAGAGAAGACUAUCUAAGGGCUAUAAGUGAUACCAUCAAUGCCAGCCAUUAUGGGCACAUUUUAGCUAUAGACCUUAUUGUUCCAACUUUCCAUCACUAGAGAUUGGGCGGGUUUUCCCACAGAAAUGUGAGUUAGAAACUGUUCUAGGG